AUCAGAAGAACAACAAAAUGAAGAGGAGCUAAAUAAACUCUUUCCAGUGUGGAGCACUCAAGACUUUUCAGAAUUCCAGCCACAAAGCCUUGAACAAAGCAGGCCAGUUUCAGAUAGCGUGGCAUCAAAGGAUUCACAGCAGACAAAUCCUUUAUUAACGGAAGAUGAUUUCUACUCAGUAGUAAAGCUACACGGUUCUCUUGUAAGAGCCUUCAGUCACUCAUUGUGGCUUCAAGGAUCAGCCAAACAGUACACACCUGAUUUUUCAAAGGCAUUACUCCUCAGGUAUGAACACAUGCAUGAAGACAUUCCAAAUAUUCUUCAGUCACAGAACAGCUUUGUUGACAGUAAACUAAUUGCAAGUCUUCUGGUACUGGCGACAACAGAGUCACACAGAAAAAGAGUUGAAAAAAGUGAUUUCUACCAAACGGGGCAAAUCGAGGAGACUGCACGAUGCCUUCCUGUGCUGAGGAGAAUUCGAAGUGAUAUUUGUAAGCUCUUAGAGCAGUUCCCAAAUUUUCCUACAUUGAGUCAGAUGCUCAUUGUGGUGGACCGAAUAUUGGGAUUUCCUGUCUCAAGCCCACUACCACGCUUUCUCACGGGGCUGGAACUUUUGCUGAGUAAGUUUGAGGAAUGGGAACAGAAUGCUCACCAAGGUGUUAGUCUGCUGGAACACCGUGCUGCUCUGACACAGCUGAUUUUCGACUGGAGGCGGAAGGAACUGGACUGCUGGAAAUCGGCAUUCGAUGCUGCUUUGACCAGGGCGGAAACUAAAGCCACAAAAUGGUGGUUUUACCUCUUUUCAGUAAUUGAGUCCUUUGUCUCUGAUGAAGGAGAGAAAACUUCUAUCGCUGAAUUGGAAGGAACGUUGAAAGCAUUUAUAGAAAACGGAACACUUGGAGACUUUGAAACCAGACUUGAGAUGCUUUUCAACUUCCACUGUCAUGUGCUGCAUAUGGAAACUUCAGAAAGGCAAGAAGUGAUGUUGUGUUUGCUGUGGAACUUAUACAAGAGGUUUUCGCAGCUAAAAGUACCUAUAGCAGAGCGUCUCGCACGUCUGAGAAACCCUAUAGAACGAGAACUACGUGAUUUUGUAAAGAUUUCCCACUGGAAGGACACAAGUUACUGGGCAGUGCGGGAAGCAGUUGCUAAGAGCCACCGCACUGUCCAUAAGCGUAUUCGAGAAUUUGAGAAAGUGUUGGCUGAACCAGCUCUUGUUCCUGGUGUAGGAGUUAAAACUGGAGGGACAAUUUUUGUUAGAUUCCCCACAGUUAAUGCUGCUGCCUUCAUUAUGCCUUUGGCUUGGCGAAAUCUCUUCACAAUGGGUGAUGUCCUUCCACACCUGGAAUCACUGUUUAUGAAAUGUCGACGACGCAGCCGCCAACUUGCCGAGAGAAGUGAAUAUGGUAUGCUGCUUGGUACACUUGCUUCAGUAAUGAAUGAACUUUUUGAGAGAGCAGAUGAAGAUAACAAGACGGAGGUGAAUAGAUCAUUGCCCAAAGAGAAACAAAAGUCAGAAGCUAAGCACUUAUUGCACAGGAGACGAAAGACACUGACUGACAUCUUUCACAGUUUGCAGUUAAUGGGACUGUCAUAUCGCACUGGACGCCGUCUCUGUGAAGAUCAGACAAUGAGCUGCUUCGUUCUCUCGCCAGUUGAUCCAGUGAUUGCAGUCACUAGCCCCGAUGCAGAGCUUCUUUCUGCUCAUGCUGCUGAUUCACUUAUAAAGCAGUCUUGGUUGGGUUGUGAAAACCUCUCCUGCUGUGCUGAAAUACAUUAUGAGCAGCUUGUUGGUUUUCUGAAAUCACCAGCUCAGGAUCUUGGUCCAGCAAACAUUGAGAGACUGCAAGGCUUUGCGUUUCAUCUUCUGGCACUGGCAAGAGAACAAAAAUCGAUGAUAAGCAGUUCAGUAAAACAACUGCAUGGGUUGCGGAGAAUUGUGAUGGAACUCUCAACCCAUUGCCAAGACACUUGUGAUGGGGCUAAACCAUCAGAAAUUGUUCAAGCAAAGUCUCGUGUGGUGGAUUUGCUGGCAGCUGUGCAGAUGUGCAUGGAGCAGUUUCGCGUCGCUCUCAAGUCUUGCCCCUCUACAUCGUCGCCUCAGGUGCCCCAAGUGUGGUUAUCUACAAAGAAUCACAUGCCUGCUUUGGUGUCAGCAUCAUACGGUGAUGCUGAAUGGCGAGAUAGUGAUGCUCUCAUUUGUGACAUUGUUUCGACGACUGGGAAUCUGAAAGCCUCUCUUGAUAUCCCUGUUAUAAAGCUGAAAUCAGUUGUGGAAGCAUACAGUGGUUUACAGACAAUUAUGCAAAAACUCAAGAAAUUGCAGUUAAAAUUUGAAGAGGACGAUACAAACCUUUCACAGAAUCCGUUGGCAGAAUGCCUUAGGUGGCUAUCCACACAUGUACAUCAGGAAUUGGAAAGUUUCCACCAGUCUAGUUUAUUUGCAACAGUAAAUUCACCAUCAUACAAAAGUGGUUCACAAGUGUUAGGAAGUGAACCAAAAACAGAUGAUUUCAUGUUUGAUGUGUUAAGUCAAGUUCCAAAAGUUCAUCUGUCACCUGAUCUUCUGCGAGACCCUACUUUUAGGCCCAAAAUGAAAGAAACCCUUGUGAAAAUUAUGCUGGUUGUUCAGAAACUAUAUAAAAGGAGUGACAAAAUAUCAGUAGGUGCAGGAAACGAUGAUGUCUGCAAUGUGAUGGCGGGGGGAACUGACAUGGAAGAAACACAGGGUAUUGAUAAGGAAAACAACAUGACGAAGAAUGCUGUGAAUGUCAUAAGUUCCACUCCAUCUGUGGAUAGUUUUGAACAUGAAAGCCAUCAUGAGCUUCAAAAGGAUCACUUUAAGGAGAAGAUACUUGGUGGAUUAAAAACUGACAUUAGUUAUUUGAAUCUGAGUGCUAUCUUUGACACUGUUUCAGAUAUUAAAAACAUGUUAAUUAGUGUAUUAGAAGUAGGAAAAGAAACAGAAACAUCUGUGUAUUACAAAAGGCUGAUUCAGAUGCUGCUGCCAUUCCUGCACCAGCUGGCACUCCUUGCAGAACUUACUGUAUUUCAACAAAUUCAGGCAUUUCAUGUAUCAUGCCAGUUACUCAAUAAACUGUUGCCUUUGUUCCAGCAUCUUGCACAAAAGGGCUUUGGCAUACCUCCUGAUCUAAUGCCAGAUGAUGAAGGUGAGGAUUCGGGACCUGCUAAAGGAGGUAUGGGGCUAGGUGAUGGCGAAGGUGAGACAGAUGUUUCGGAGCGAAUUGAGAGUGAAGAUCAGUUGGAAGAUGCCCGCCCUAAGGGACAGGAGCCAGAAACAGAUGAUGAAAAGGAGUGCAAGGAGGAAUCGAAAGGAAUAGAAACAUCAGAGGAUUUUGGUGGUAAAGCACAAGAUAUUGAUAAAAGUGGAGAUGAUGAGAAUGAAUCAGAAGGUAAUAGUGAAGAAGAUUUGGAUGCUGAAAUGGAUGACACUACAGGUGCAGAAGAGAAACUUGAUAAACAGGUGUGGGGUAGUGACUCAGAGGAUGAGAAAGAAGAGGAAAUGCCUGAAGAUGAUGCCAGAGGGGGAGAGAAGGAUGGGGAACCAGAACUUGGAGCAGCCAAUGGCAAAAGGAAACGUGAUGAAGAGAGUGAUGAAGAAGCUGGGAGUGGUGAUGAAAAGCGCAAACAACAGCGUCCAGAAAUUAAUGAAAUGGAUGAACCUGAGCCAGAUGAUGAUCAGAUUGACCCAUAUCAUGGCAAACAACCACCAGAGCCUGAGCCUGAAGCAUUUGACCUACCAGAAGACCUACAACUGGAUGAUGGCGCAGGAAAAGAUGAUGCAGAAGCAAAUGAAGGAAACCCAUUUGAUAUUGAUGAAAUGAAAGAACAAAAAGAGCCAGAGAAAGAAAAUACAGAUGAAACAUCAGAGGGGAAGGAGAAAAAUGAUGACAAGACUGAAGAACCAGAAAGUUCAAGUGAAGAUGAAAUGGAUAAUAAUGAAGACCCCAAUGGAACUACAGGGUUGGAGCAAGGAGCUAGUGAUAAAGAAGAGGAAAAUGCUGAGAUUACAAAAGGAGAAAAAGAUGGGAAAGAAGGAGAAAAUGAAGAUAAAGGGAAUGACCAAGAAGAAGCCAGUCCGUCAGAUGACCAGCCCAGUCACAACGCUGCAGAGCCAGCACCAGAACAGGCAGAAGCCGGCUCAAAAGACCAGGUGUCAUCAGUCCCCAAAGAAGAUGAGAAAGAUUCCAAAGAUGGAGGAGAUGCAGGAGAUCCAGGUGAAAUGGAGCAGUCAGGAGUGGGUGGAGCACAAAUGAAAGAUGAUCAGACUGGGCACCAGGGGAGACCAGAGGGAGACAGUACGCCAGAAGCACGAGCAGACCAGCAGGGGCAGAGAGAUGUGCGCAAGAGGGACCGACCAGGGCAGAGCGAUGCACAACGUAGUCUCGGUGAUGUGAAAGAACCAACAGUAAAACGGCUGAAGACUGUGGAUGUUACAAAUAAGGAGCAAGAGUCCAAGUCAGAGGAUGAGACAGAAGAAGGGGCGGAUUUAGGCCGCAGUGCUGAUCUCUACCAACACAUACGUGAUUCCAAAGAAGCAUUUGAUGCACACACUAUAGAUGCGGCCACAGAGGAGCAAGCAGAAAAACAGCCUGUUCCAAAUUUGGAAGAAGAAAAGGGUGAAGAACUGAAUGAUGAUGAUAUAGAAAUGAUAGAAGAUCAACCACCAGCUAAUGAGAAGAGUCCACAGCAGCGUAUUCCAGCUGAGAAUGUUCCUGGUGCGAAAGACAAGUCUGACCUUGCUGGAGAAAAUAUGGACACUGGUGGAGAUGGAGAAACUAAUGUAGAAGUUGAAGGGGAGCGUGUAGAAACAGUUGGUGUGAAACGAGGUGCGGAGACUACUUUCAAUACCACGAUAAAAGAAAGUGAAUCGGUUCCUGUAUUGAGACAGGUAGUGGAAGAGGAAACACAAGCCAUACGACUGGCUCUUGAGAAACAGCUAGGGUCUUGGGUACAGCCACCAUCUGAUGCAGAAGCAGAAAGAGCUUGGGAUUCUUUCAGCCACACCACUCAAGAAUUGGCUCGAGAUCUCUGUGAACAGUUACGCCUCGUGCUAGAACCAACUCAAGCAUCACGUCUUCGUGGAGAUUUCAGGACAGGGCGUCGAAUUAAUAUGCGGAAGGUUAUCCCAUAUAUUGCUAGCCAGUUUCGUAAGGACAAAAUAUGGUUGCGUCGAACAAAACCGUCAAAGAGAGAAUAUCAGAUUGUUCUAGGCAUAGAUGAUUCUUCCAGCAUGGACUAUAACCAAGCCAAAGAGAUGACAUUUGAGUCCGUGGCCCUGGUCAGCCAAGCGCUGACUCUCCUGGAAGUGGGUGAACUCGGAGUUGUCAGUUUCGGAGAGGACAUCCACAUCCUACACCAACUGGGACAGCCGUUCACCCACACCAGUGGUGCAACACUGCUGCAACACCUACGUUUUGAUCAGCGAAGUACAAAAGUGGGCUCCUUAGUCCAGUUUGUGACUGAGAUGUUUGAGAACCAUGGGACACGCAGCUCUGCAGAUCGAGCACAGCUCUUAGUAAUCUUGUCUGAUGGACGUGGUGUUCGCAGUGAAGGGAAGUUGCUUGUAGAAAGGGCCGUUGGUCGAGCACGUCAAGAGCGAAUUUUCACUGUGUUUAUUAUUAUUGAUAACCCAAAAUAUGAGACAUCAAUUUUGGAUGUGCGAAAUACUGACUUCACUGGCGGGAAAGUUAAAUUCACAUCGUACAUGGAUGACUUUCCAUUUCCAUUCUACGUAGUGCUUCGAGAUGUUAGUGCUCUUCCGGCAGUUCUUAGUGAUGCCCUGAGGCAGUGGUUUGAAUUAGUUGUAACAUUUGAUAGUUAGAGGUGGUUGUUCUUGCAUUUAUGCUCUUAAUGGUUCCUGUUUUGUAUUCUGUAACUAAGCUGUGGUUUAUUGCAUUAAAUAUGUCACCACAAGUGAUUUUACAUGUAACAAAGGUAAUGCAACCCUGCAGUAUUUUGUAUUUUAAUGUGCAUGUAUGUGUUCAGUAAAUUCCAAAUAAGGACUGAUAUGGAAUGCAGUUACAGUGGUAGCAGACUUUUCUGUGAAGUAUUGAGAUGUAAACUCCAAAUAUUUUUGGAGAAUUUUAAUCACAACAGUGAUCGCAUUAUGAAGUUUUCUUUUUUUCACUUUCCUUUUAGAGUAAAAAAUGAGUUUGUAAGUGUCAGAAUGUACCAGUAUUGCUUUUUCCUCCUCUUCCACUAUAAGGUCUAGAGAGAGCUUUUUAUUUUAUCACGCAAAAAUACAUUUUGACUCAUGUUCUGUUCCACACUCAAUCAAAUGAAAUUUAAAUAAAUUAUUGUGGUUCUGUUCCUUAGAGAUUUUUGAUUUUAUUAUGUUGUUGUUAUGAUGCCAAAAUUGAGUUUCACUCCAAAUUUGUUGUGUGUAACAUGACAAAAUGUGAAUAAGCUCCUACUGUCCAUGUUGUUUUUUUUUUUUUUUUUUGUACCAAUUUUGAAGACUGCUCGUAGAUUACUUUUGUACCAAUUAAUUACUGUAUUGUGAGUGCUAAAUAUGAAAGAGAACAUUAAUUCAUUAAUUUAUUUUUAUCAAGGAUUGGUGUUCCUGUCUUUGCACUCUGAUACUACUUUAUCACCAUGUACUGUGUAUUUUUGGUUCAU